CCCAGAUCCUUCUUCACCAUUGAUUCCCCCAGUUGUACUCCCCCUAGUAUGUAUGAUGCAUGCAUAUUCUUAGCCCCCAAGUGCAUAACCUUACACUUACCAACAAUAAACCUCAUUUGCCACAUUGUUGCCCAAUUAACCUCCCUGGCGGGAGGCUACACAGUGCAUUGAGAUCGGCUUGUAAAUUGGAGAUAUCCUGUAAGGACGUUAUUUCACUGCACAGCUUGGUGUCAUCUGCAAAGACCCUAUAUUGUUUAUAAAUAUUAAAAAGUAAGGGUCCCAACACUGAACCUUGGGGUACACCACUAACAACCCUAGACUAUUCAGAGUAUAUGUAUCUUA